AUGGCUGUUGUUGACUCGUUUUCAUUGCUCUUCUCCCAUUCCGGCCACCACAUGAGGAGGAAGACCACGACGGUUGGGCCUGGUGCAGUCUAUACUUUGCCUCGCCGGCAAGUUAGGCCUUCGGCAAGCGUUGUUGGUAAUCUUCUUACCUCUGGCUCGGAAUUUCUAUCGGUUUUAAACCGAAGCCUUGUCCUUAUGAACACCGGCAAUCUUCAGCCUUUACUGAUUGAAACCGCCGCUUCACCCCUGCAAAUUACUAUCGUCUUCUCUCUACUGCGAUCUGCUUUGAGCUUCAUACCAGAAAAUAUGGAGAAGACGAUUUUCAACAUUUGCUCCGCCGUCAGCUCUCUAUCCACCAUAGAACAAAUUCCGGCACGGCGGAACUAUCAAUCUAGACCCUGUGGAACUAGAACCUUCUCGGGUGUUCCCCGAAGUACCAUCUUCCCCGAUGUGGUUGCAAACAAAGCCGGUUACAAACCACCGGAUUUUAAGCCAGCAUCGGAAAUCCUCUGCAAACAAUCUUCAAAUUUGAGAAAUCUUCACGCAUAUAAGGGAGCGGGUUUGGAUCCGACAUCAUGUGCGACUUCACCCUCACCGUCGAUUUGUCUAUCCGAACCACCUCUCCUCCUCCCUAGAAGAAAUCUGAUGACCUACUCUCCCUUGGGCCUAAUUCACAAGUGGAUCAGCAAAUGGGCCUGGCCCAAGCUAAAUUCAGAGUCUAAUUCCACUUUCGGCCAUCUCUUUGAGACUGGUCAUUUUUUCUUCCCUCUCCUGGAGAGUGGUCGAAUCCCCGAGCAUUAUGCCGGAAACUUCAAAGUCACACUGGAAAGUGACUACCCUGAGAUUCUCCGGCUUUGCCGCGAAGACCCUCUUGACGCAUCCGAGUCACGACUUGGAUUCGCUGUCCAUCUUCUACGAUGA